AACGCUACAGUGUUUUCGGGGGGGAGUAAUGAGUGUGUGGGAUCAGUGUGCACCGUUGGCUGUGGCAGGUCUGUGUUGAACAGUGCGGUCAUUUCGUCGAGGCUGGCAGAAGAACUGUUUUGAAGAGGCUUUUACUAGAACUUGGGGGUUAUGCUUCUGUCUUUUGCCUUCCGUGAGUGCUGUGCAAAGCGCUAUGUACAGCUAGCCUUUUGUAAUGCUCAGAUAUGUAUUAAAAACCUGAAUGCCAGAGGACUAGCCACUUCUACCAGCCAGCUCUUUGUCAGGAGAACACCUCAGCGGUUUAUUAACCAGACACGAGGAGCUAAAACGCACAAGAAAAAGACACACAAUUACCAGGAUGAAUGGAAGCAAAGGAAUAAGACCAUCCUCACAUAUAUUGCAGCAGCUGGGGUGGGCAUGAUUGGCAUGUCUUAUGCUGCUGUGCCACUGUACAGACUCUACUGCCAGGUAUCGGGACUGGGUGGCACAGCAAUUGCAGGGCAUGAUGCAGAUUUAGUGGAAACAAUGAAGCCAGUUAAGGAUCGCAUUAUUAAAGUCACUUUCAAUGCUGACACACAUGCAAGUCUCCAGUGGAAUUUCCGCCCUCAGCAGUCCGAGAUCUAUGUUGUGCCAGGAGAAACUGCUCUAGCAUUUUACAAAGCACGAAAUCCCACAGACAAACCUGUGAUAGGAAUCUCUACCUAUAAUGUAGUGCCAUUUGAAGCUGGGCAGUACUUUAACAAAAUUCAGUGCUUCUGCUUUGAAGAACAGAGGUUAAACCCUCAGGAAGAGGUGGACAUGCCUGUUUUCUUUUACAUUGACCCAGAGUUUGAUGAGGACCCCAGAAUGGCUCGAGUUGACACCAUUACACUCUCUUAUACCUUUUUUGAAGCCAAAGAAGGACAGAAAUUACCCCUUCCUGGAUACAGCUAAAUAAGCAGUACAUGGUGCAUUAUUUAGAGACUUCACUUUUCUGAUGAAACUUGGAUAUCUAAUAGAGCAUCAUUUAUACAAAUGUCAUGCAGUUUGCAAAAGCCUUUUUAACUAUGUCAUCUGUGUAAUGAAGUGUGUUAAUGUUGGUGUACCCUGGCACUUUUUGUGAAAUUCCACUUGAAUGACCAUUUAGAAUGAUUAGUGGCUUCAAAAGCCAAGCUGUAAACUGUGCAAUAAAUUUACACAGUUGGGUACUGAAGUGCAUGCAAGUGCAUUACCUCUUUCAGUACAGUAGGGGGCAGAACGGUUGCAAUUUCCCCCCUUUAAGCAGCUCGAAAAAGAAAUGUGAGCAAAAACAAGGUCCAUUGCAUUUGGUCUGUUAUCUUAUUCUGUAUCAGAGUUUAAAGGCUCAUAAGGGUUAUCUUGCGAUCUGAUUUUGUCGUGAUUGCACAUAGGGACAGUGAGGUACAUUUGGACGUUACGCAACUGUAGCGGAGGUAGAGACAUCUGCACUUACAUAACGUGUGAUCAAGCAAUCUCGAUGGUACUCAAACAAACAAGGUUGCGCAAUGCCAGAAAAAAAAAAAAAAUCAGCCGUGAUGAAAAUACACUGUAGAGUUCAAAUAAAAAUCCAUAAUGUAUUUACCACGCAUUAUGUGAUGGCCAUAAAAGUGAACAGUAAAAAAAAUUUUUAAUUUUUUUUUUAAAUUUACAGUUGUUCUGAACUGGGAUUUACAGAGAAGGUGAUAUCAUAUUAACCAUCCUUGUGCCUAAGUUAAGCUAUAUGCUUAUAAACCCAGUGUCCGGUGGUUGAGCAAUGUUGAUGGCGAGGCUGUCACUUGUCGCGCAGGAUACACACUGUACCAAAUCUGCCUCAGUAACGCUUUGCACUGUACUCCGCACGUCUACAUCGUUACUGGUGCCCCGGAAAACAACAAACCCAACCACGUUGCUCCUGGAGUUGAGCAUAGCUGACUCGGGAUCGAGCAAAAUGACCCCACGCUGUCCAAACUAAAGGACCUCCCGCGUCGCUGCUGAUCCAGAAUCAGCUCUAUCCGACCACAACAGCGCUUGGCAACGCUGUUUAGCCACACCCUCUCCUGUGCCAAGUGGGCGGGUCUAGAGUUUCAUGGACACGUUUGGUGACGAAUGACAGGAGAGAACUGGCCCUAGCAACUCCAGCGGAGAGCCAAUCAGGAUUCAGCUUGGGAAGAACUUUCUGUUUUUUUCCCCUGUUGAGGGAAGCUGAAGCUACAGUGGAAUCCAAGCAGAUGAUCUCAAUGGACGAGUGUGACGAGGAGGAGAAAAGGAAACAGAGAAAGGAAUACAGUCUUGAGAGCACAUAGUGUCAAAAGUCUACGAGGUAUUUCUACUUCGUCUGUCGUUGUGGAAGAACUGGUUCGUUUACGGGAUAACUAUAAGAACUGGCUAAACGACCGUUUAUGCUACGUUAGUGCGUUUAUUCCCCUUUAGAACG